AUGAUACUGUCCUACCCUCAGACAAAGCUCUACUUCACGGGUCUUGACCUGAGACAUGGUUCACAGGAUCUCCGCACUAUUGGUGGACAAAUUAUGAAUGCCAUUGCAAAUGCUGCUGGUCACUUGCAUGACCUUAGCGGCACACAGUCUGCCCUUGAUCACCUCCAGUCAUUCGAAUUGAUGUCUAACCCUGGCAAUGUCUGGCUCCUGUCUCAUUUCAUCCAGGUCACUCUGUCUGCUCACUUUGGAGCUGAAUUCACUCCCAAAAUUAGUGAAGCCUGGACCAAGUUUCUCUUAGAAGUUUACUCUGCUCUGAUUUCUAAAUACCAAUAA